AUGACCUUUGAUGUAGAGAUGGUUGAAGGACAACAAAUGUGUGAAGCAAAGAGCAUGAACUGGAAGGGUAUGUGUAUGAAGUGGAGGAAAUGUCGCCAAGUAUGCAUUAGCCAAGGUUUCACUGACGGUCGUUGCAAAGGAUUCACCCGCAACUGCAUUUGUAUCAAACUUUGUUUUGUCCCUUCUAAUUAA